AUUCGCUUCUAUAGCCUAUAACCAUAUCUGCGUUCAAAAUGAAAUGCAUCACAUUUGUGCUCUCUCUCGCAUUUCUACUAUGUCUACGCUCAUCCGCCACAACCAUCACCUUCAACCAAACUCUCACAGACGGCGAUUUAUUAACCUCCAAUGCAAACUCAUAUGCCCUCGGAUUCUUUACUCCCGGAAAGUCUACCGGCAAACGGUACCUCGGCAUUUGGUACCAGAACAUACCAGAACUAGUGGCUGUCUGGGUCGCUAACAGGGACAACCCGGUCAACGGAACUUCCGGGGUCUUCUUCAUCGACGGCACCGGGAAUCUUGUCAUCCAAGACAGGAACACCAACGCCACCGUCUGGAACACCAGUCUUUCUCUUCCGGCGACGGGGUUAGAAAGAGCAUAUAAUUGCUCUGUUCAGCUCAAGGAAACAGGGAAUCUUGUUUUGUACCACGACCCGGAUCGACGGGUCGCAGCAUGGCAGAGUUUCGACUACCCGACCAAUAUACUCUUGCCUCACAUGAAAUUUGGAGUGAACAAGAAAACCGGGUUGAAGCGUUUCCUUACCUCGUGGAAGUCACCGGAUGAUCCGGGCACCGGUGAGUACUCUCUCAGAGUAGAGCUCACUGAUCCGCCUCAGGGGUUCAUGUACAAGAAUUCAGUCCGGGUUUGGAGGCUCGGGUUAUGGAUCGGAUCCGGGUGCAGCAACAUCCCGCGAAUGUCAAUAAAUUUCACCCCAUAUCAUGGCAUCAUUGACGAAGAUGAGGACAGUCUUUCAUACACGGUUCCUGAUCCGACGGUGUACACAGUAUUGAUGUUGAAUGCAACUGGGACGAUGAAUCGGAUCAUAUGGAUAGGAGAUGGGGAUGAAGGAGGCCCGAAGAUGAAGACAUGGGCCGGGCUGUGGUACAUUCCCAAAGACAAAUGCGACUCAUAUAACCCAUGUGGCGCAUUUGGCGUUUGUAAUCCAUACAUUCCGGGCGGGUCGGGCUGUCAAUGCCUUUCUGGGUUUGAGUCAAACUCGUCAACUCAAGAAUGGGCCUUGAGAGACGAUCGACAUAGCUGUCGGCGGGAAGCCAACACAGACGCCUGCCCGAACGGUGACGGGUUUCUUAAGCUCACAAAUGUUAACAUUCCCUACGCCGAAACGACGUUCUCGGACAAGGCGAUGGGGUUUAAAGAAUGUGAAGAACAUUGUGUGAAGAACUGUUCGUGCACUGGAUAUGCCAGACAAGAUACUACUAUCAAUGGAGGAGAUGGAUGCCUCAAUUUUUAUGGGGAGUUAACAGAUAUGAGAGAGUUUGUUAAUGGCGGCAGAGAAGUUUAUAUAAGAGUCUCUGCAUCUUCUUCAGCGCUGCCUUUAAAGAAAUCUAAGGGGAUCCGCCGGAACUGGCUAAUAUUAAGCACGGGUAUAUCUUCUGCGGCAGUGAUCCUUCUACUCCUUUAUAUGACAUGGAAAAUGAGAAAAGGGUCUCCGACUGCUACAAAUUUGGAAGAAGGUGCACCGGCGGAUGUAGUAAUCUUUGAUCUGAACACGAUCAAACUUAUCACUAACAACUUUUCUGCCGAAAGUAAACUUGGAGAAGGAGGGUUUGGUUCAGUUCACAAGGGUAAGUUACAAAAUGGGAGACUUGUAGCCGUCAAAAGACUCAAAACAAAUUCAGAUCAAGGGGUAGAAGAAUUCAAAAAUGAAGUUAUGCUGAUUGCAAAACUGCAACAUAGAAAUCUUGUGAGGCUUUUAGGAUGUUGUGUUCAGGAAGGAGAGAAGAUGUUGGUGUAUGAGUACUUGCCCAACAAUUCCCUCGACUACAUUAUCUUUGAUAAUAAGUCGACAGUGCCACUAGAUUGGAAAAAACGUUUUGAAAUCACAUUGGGAAUCGCACAAGGAUUAUUAUACCUUCAUCAAGAUUCAAGGUUAAGAAUUAUUCAUAGAGAUUUAAAAGCAAGCAAUGUUCUUCUGGAUGACUCCAUGGAACCAAAAAUAUCUGAUUUUGGAAUGGCUAGAAUUUUUGGAGAAGAACAAACAGAAGCGAACACCAACCAAGUAGUUGGAACAUACGGUUAUAUGUCACCGGAGUAUGCCAUGGAAGGUCUCUUUUCAAUUAAAUCUGAUGUAUUCAGCUUCGGUGUUUUGAUGCUCGAAAUUGUGUGCGGAAAGAAAAAUAAAUAUCAACACACGGAGAACUCAGUGAAUUUAAUGGGAGAUGUAUGGGAUUUUUGGAACGAAGAAAAACCAUUGGGCUUAGUGGAUCCUUCACUUGGGGGGGAGUCGUACAAUAUUCGAGAAGUUUUGAGAUGCAUCCACGUUGGAUUGUUGUGCGUUCAACCAUUACCAAAUGAUAGACCAAAUAUCUCAGAAGUGAUAUUUAUGUUGAGUAAUGAAACAGAACUCCUCAAUCCUAAUCCACCAGGAUUUAUGGUUAGAAAAGGAUAUAGCACUACCCCAUCCUCAUACAUUGAAAGUGGUGGAUAUCAAUCUAUCAGUAUGACGGUUACUCAAAUGGAAGGUCGUUGAAUUUCAUUAGACGUAACUUUAUCUAUCAAUAUUUGAAUGGUGAAAACUCCGGUACCUUUCUAAAAAAUGGGGUACCGUACCUAUCAUUCAUUUGAUUGGACCACAUCACUUUAUCAUUUUUAAUUUAGAUUUAAAUAAUUCAACUGCAACAUUCUGAUUGGUCUAUAUGGACAAAGGUAUGGUACCUUAUGGGUACCAUAGAAUCUACCUAUUUGAAUUAGAAUGUGAUUGUGAAGUGAAAUUCCAAGAUAUUUCUGAAGCAUAUGUGAUGCCUUCAACAUUUAUCUAGUGUUAUAGUCUAUGUUUACCUCUUAAUGAUUUUGUACGUUCACUGUGUAUCUAUGUUGUAAAAACCGGAUCGGAAAGUGACCCGGAUGAAUGAUCGGGUCACAGGUCAACCCGGACCCAGUGAUAUGCACUAAUUAGUAGUGCAUAAAUGUAUGUUUUUUAUUUGAUUUGUGUGAAUUUUCUACCUUUAUUGUGAGUUUUGCAAAUACUUGUGUGAUUUCAGUUGUAAUUGUAUUUUGGCUUUCACUUGUAAGUUGUAAAGUAGUGGUAGAAUUGUUGGUUUUGGAAAAGAGUAAACAUCUGAAAUAUGCUGCCUAUGAGCACUUAUCCGGCCGGGUAAAGACCUUCACCUGGUCGGGUAAGAGUUGAAAUCUGAAGCUACAAGGAAAUUACACUACCCGGUCGGGUAGGCUACUUCACCCGGUCGGGUGAGAAGUGACCCGGGACAACCAAACGUGCUGAAACACAAGAACAUGGUGAAUCGAUCCGAAGUUGAUCGGUACGCGGUCGGGUGAGCACUAUACCCUGUCGGGUACCCAGUCAAAGGUGUUGAAAAACACUUAUAAAUAGCACACAUACUUAAGUUCAACUUAGAAUAAUAUUUUCUUUAUAUUUUUCUAGCAUUGUUUAGUCUCCAAAUGAGGAGCUAAACUUACAUUUCUUGGUUUUUCUCUUCAAGCUUGUUGAAUGUUAAAGUUGUGUGUUAUUUUCUUACUUCUUCCCUUGAAUAUUAAUUCUUCCCUUAUUCUA